UUGGCUUUUGCACCAAGAGACUUCCACAACGGCGAGUCAGGGCAGACAUCGAUGCGUCCCACAAACUCUGGUGGCGGCCGGUCGCCCAAAAGGAAGAAGAUCGAGAGAGCUCCGACGGACAUCCAAUCCCUAGAGCACGACAUCCUCUGCAUAAUCUUCUCGUUCCUGAGCCUAUUUGAUCUCGUUCGUUGCUCUGUUGUUUGCAAAUCCUGGAAUGCAAUUAUCAAUAGGUCUAAGUUAUUGCAACUACUUUAUUACAAGCUGCAACGGAAUUCUGAGGGCCUUUCAAGUGUAUCUACUAGUUUAGAGCAAUCAUUGAGAAUAUAUCUGGAGCAGCUAGCAAUGAAGCAUCAUAGGCUAUCCUUAAUAGAUGGUCCAUUUCAGAUUGAGCAAUGGAAAGGCCAUUCAGCCGGGGUCGAUCAGUGCCGCAUGAAGAUGGGUUUGGUUCUUACUGGUGUAGGUGACAAGGUUAUGCGUCUAUGGUCACUAGAAAGCUAUAAAUGCAUAGAAGAAUACUCUGUCCCAGAUAAAGUUUCACUGGUUGACUUUGAUUUUGAUGAGAGCAAGAUUGUUGGUUUGGUUGGUACUCGUAUAUGCAUAUGGAGGCGCAAUGGGAGUAGAAGCAUAUUCCCCUCACAUGAAGGCACCUUUCCAAAGGGUUUAUGCAUGCGUUACUUUGAUCCAGAGGCUAUAGUUGGAUGUGAGGAUGGAGCCGUUCGUGUUUUUGACAUGUAUAGUAGGACAUGUUCUCGAAUAAUUAGGAUGCAUGCUGCACCCGUGACAAGCUUAUGUCUGAGUGAUGAUCAACUAAUUAUAAGCGGUUCCUCCCUUGGCAGCAUCACAAUAUCUGGUCUUCUUUCUGAUCAGCGAGUAACCACACUUAGAAGAACUGAUUGCACAGGCAUAAGGACCUUGUGUUUCAAUGCCGUGUCACAUAAACUUUUUGCUGGAACCACUGCUGGAUUUGUAUCGUGUUGGGACAUUAGGACAAUGAGACGCGUAUGGGAGAGACAAGUGAGUUCUAACGUCGUUUAUUCCUUGCAACACCAGCGAAACGACACAUCAACGCUAGUAGUUGGUGGAAUAGAUGGUGUGCUUCGUGUUUUGGAUCAAAACACAGGAGAUGUUCUUUCAAGCUGUACGAUGGACGCACAGAUUUUGCCGAGUUGUUCUGAAAGUGCUAGGGUCGUUGAAAGGAGGAAAGGGAGGAGGCUUUCGGAGGAGGACAUCCACAUUGACAAAAUUCCUAGAAGCACCCGUCCUCCCAUUACAUGCCUGGCUGUUGGGAUGAAGAAGGUUGUUACAACACACAAUAGCAAGUACAUCAGAUUGUGGAAAUUUAACUGAUUGACAACAAGUCUUGUCAACAUCUUUGUCCCCUUUGUAUCUGUAAUUGGGAAACUGAUUGGGACAUUCGGUUUAGCUAUAUGUAUCAGGAUUUAUUUGAUUUAUGUAUUAUUUUACUACUAAAUGAACGAACAUAUUUUAAUGGUUGCUUAA